AUGAACACAACCCGAUUAGGAAGAGCCUCCUUGAGGGCCGUCACGCCUACGAUCCCCUCCAGAGGCGUGCAAAGCAAAGCACCUCGGCCAAAGAAACCAACUACCAAACCACCACCAACGCGCAAGCAAUUUAACCCAGAGCUCAAGCGCUUCCAAGAACGCUUCGAAGCCAAAGAAGCCCAGUCCAAACCCAACGGCGGCAUUCCACCACGCGUACUAACCUUCCUGGGCAUCUCAGCCCUGACAAUAAGCACAUACUGCGGCUACUUGUACGCGUCUUACCAGCGCCAGGUAUCCAAAGGACAAGCGCUGGACCUGCCGACAGACGUGUCAGACCGGUACAAUACCACCGCACCGACGUUCGAUGCAGAUGUCGAGCUCUCUGAAAAGGCUAUGCGCUUGGGCUCCAAACGUGCUGAUCUCGUUCGUAUGGCGCGCGGCGAUGUCCUCGAGGUUAGCUGUGGUACGGGGCGGAACUUGGAGUACUACGAUCUGGGCGAGCGACGAGGUCUCGACAGCACGGAUCGACUGGGGGUUAUUGGAUGUCGCAGUUUGACGUUUGUGGAUCUUAGUCCGCAGAUGGUGGCUAUCACGAAGGAGAAGUUCGAGGCGCUCAGGCCGGAUUUUAAGCGGGUGGCAUUCCGUGCGCAGGAUGCUGGGAGCGUGUCCGUUGAGUUGAAGGGGUUGAGAGGGUCUACUGGGUCGAAGGAGGGCGAGUACUAUGAUACUAUCGUGCAGACGAUGGGUCUAUGUUCGAUGCCGGAUCCUGUGGGCACGUUGCGCCAUUUGGGUGAGAUUACGGAGCCGAAACGUGGGCGCAUCUUGUUGUUGGAGCAUGGACGGUCGCACUACGAUUGGCUGAAUCGUAUUCUGGACAACCUGGCUCCGACGCAUGCGGACCGGCAUGGGUGCUGGUGGAAUCGUGAUAUCGGGGCUAUUGUCCGAGAGAGUGGGUUGGAGAUUGUGGAGGAGAAGAGGUGGCAUCUUGGGACGACUUGGCGGUAUGUUUUGAAGCCGAGGCAGAACUGA